AAAAUUUCCUACUUUGGAAAUUUCAUGAGAUAACUUUUAAACAAUUGCAAAAUAUCAGGUGUACUUUUAUCCUCUAAAUAACCAACAUUUUAAUUUGUUUAAAAAAAAGAAAAAAAGGUUACUAAAUUUUGAACAAAAUAAAGUCCAAAUUUUCCACUAUAUACAUUAUAUAUAUAAAGAAAAGCCACUGAAGAGCUCCACCAUUAACGAGGUGGAAGAAAAAGCUUAGAAAAUCGCAAUGGGAAACUGUUCUCUCAAAGGAAUGGCGGUGGAUUGCGUGAAGCCCAUCAGAAUCUUAACGGAUUCCGGCCACAUAAUCAACUUCCACGGCCCUAAACAAGUUCAUCAAAUCCUCAACAACUAUCCUCCCGGGAUCUAUGGGGUUUUCCGGCGACCCAAUCUCUCUUCUCCCUUACCCUUCUCCGAGCCCCUCGACGCCGGAAAAUCCUACUUUCUCCUCCCGCUUUCCCAACCCACUAACGACACAGAGUCGUCGCCGCCGCCGCUGCCGUCGAAGGAUCUUGGAAGUGAGUCGGGUCUGGAAGUGCUCCCGGCGAGUGGCAACGGCGUUUGGAGGGUGAAAUUGGUGAUCGAUACGAAGCAGUUGGGGGAAAUUUUGGCGGAGGAAGGGAAUACGGAGGCGUUGAUUGAGAGGAUUAGAGCGGCAGCAGCGACGGCGGCGGUGCAGAGUCCACGGCGGGGGAAGAUCGUAGGGUGGAAGCCGAUGUGGGGGAAUUGGUUAAAGUUUUUUCCAAUGGAUUUUGGAAAUAAUAAUAAAGCACAAAUUAAAGAAUUUAAUUCUUGAGAUGGGUGUUUAUAUUCAACAUAAACCCUAAACUAUUCUUUUUCUUCCCUUUUUUAACUUUAUUAUUAGGAUAAACAAAGUUUGUGUAAAAUGUAAUUUUUUUUAGUUUGUUUGGUUGUAGAUAAAGUUUGUAUGUAAAGGUGUGAAUGUAAAGGGCUCCUAAUAGGAGUUAUAAACUUAGUAUGGUGUGCUCUAAAUUUUUUGAUUUAAUUGAAGACAUUGUUAAGAUUUAAGAA